AUGCCAUCCAACAUCCAAGUCUUCGUGAAAUGGAAGGACCAGACUAUAUUUGCAGGAGAGGAUGUGGAAUGUACUAUAACAUUCAAGAACGUGGCCGAUACUGGCGCCGAUGCCAACACUGGGGGUGAAGGAGUUCAACAUUCACGGAAGGUCUCUCGAGUCGCGAACCACACACUUAAUUCGAACUCGGAAUCUUUCUUCGGGUUCAAAUCCCCACAAGCUCUCUUUUCUGGUCGCCGAUCAUAUUCCGUUAGCUCCCAACGGAAGCCUUAUCACCGGGCAGCCUCGUCCCUGAGCUCUCCGCUGGUCGGCUCUCAUAGCUUUCCUCCGAACAACGGCCCCUCUACACCACGAGCAUGGCAACCCGGUCACAACCACAAACGAUCCGUCUCUAUCCUCUCCAUUGAUAGCGAAGGCCAAACAGAUCCGACGCCUUCACCGCACCAUUACAAUCGACACCAGCCAGCCAGGGGUCAUGGGCGCUCGGCGAGUCUCCAGGUUUUACCGCGAAGGAACAAUAGCUGCGAGGAUUCUUACAAAAAAGCGAGAUCCCCCUCUCAGGCCUUUCCGUUUCCAUUGACAGAGACUCCGAGCGAACAUCCCAACGGCAGCCUGAGAGUUGAUACAUCCCACUUAGGGCGAGCUAGCCGCCCUAGCUCUCUAGCGACUAGUCCAAUGGGCCCAGUAGAGCCAUUGCGUGCACCUUCGCGACGGCCCCAACCACCUCCCCUCGAUUUUAAGUUUCCGGCGACGCCUUCGACCGAUUCAGCUAACAAUCGCACCGUGCGCACUCCGUCACCGAAGUCGGCGACAACGAACGGUACAUCAUCAACCGGAGGAAGACCCACUGUUAGAGACGCGCAGGGUCUGACUGGACCGGCGCACCAGCAACUAACCCGCAUUAUAUCAGCCACAAGCGUGAAUGGGAGCAGCCGGAGCAGUGGGGAGUUCUACUCCGUCAGCGAUCUCUCCACUGAGACUCUCGGAUCAGAAUACACGAAUUACUCGGUACAAAAUGCGCGAGCUCCCCCUCCCAUGCGGCAUGCGCGACAUCAUUCGAGUGUAGUUACAUCUCCCUCCAAAGCCUCCAACAGCCAGGCGCUGCUGAUGGGCUACGCGCAAAUUAACGCAUCAUUCACGGUCGAUGGGUCAUUAGUGAAUCAGUCAGCCUUUGACGAAGUUAAGCGAAAGGGAGUUGUUGGUGGCCAACCGGGCUCAGGCGGACUUCCUGGCCGACCAACGCCAACAGCCGAGCGACCACGUAAAACUGGUGGGUUCUGGGGCGCACUCAAAUGGAACACUAUCGAGGAAUCAAUCAAUGGUCUUCUUUCAAAUAACGAACUGGAUGGGCUACGAGAGAUGCGCGGUGUUACAUCGUCGAGAUCAAUUCCGCUUUUAUCCACCUCGCAGUCGCUGCUCUUUGUUGACCUCCGGCUGGCACCAGGAGAGGAACAGUCAUAUUCCUUCUCAUUCUCCCUUCCCAAGGGGCUCCCGGCGAGUCAUAAAGGAAAAGCAAUCAAGAUCUCAUAUAAUUUGGUCAUUGGAACUCAGCGACCUAGCGGGCCUAACGAGCCCCAGAAGGUCAACCGCAUCAAUAUACCCUUCCGUGUUUUUAGCGGCGUGAAUGAAAAGGGAGAUAUUCUUGGGCAUGAUUUGAUGUCACCUUAUGUACUCCUACGGGAUGAAGCGAAGGUGCAGAAGGUCGGGGCAGUGAUGCCUGUGACGACGAAAAACCAAAGUAUCAGCAAAUCUCACCAUUCCGCGGCCGAUUUCCUUGGUUUUGUGGACGAAAUUUUGGAGCAACGUGCGCGUUCCAAUACGUUGUUUCCACCUGGUGCUACGCCCUCGAGACGACCUAGCGUCGAAGGGUUACCCCAGAUGCUUACGUCCAAGGAUGUCAUAGAUUUUGCUAUCCUCCGCAGCAACCAGGCCGUGAACUCUCGCCGCAGCCCCAAUCGCUUUGAGAUUGCCCGCGAAGGUAAACGUAUCGCAGUGGUCGUCUUGAACCGGCCGGUUCACCGACUUGGAGAGACCAUUAUCGCCACCAUGGAUUUUGGAGAUGCUACAAUUCCAUGCUACGCUGUACGUGCCUCGCUAGAGACGUCCGAAAAAGUCACCCCUACUUUGGCCAUCCGGUCAAAUGCCAGCAUUCACCGUACCACGCGCCGCAUCCAUGCUUCUCUGUUCGAGAACACACUCCAUGCCACACGAGUGGCUUUCAGCCCUGCUAUCCCCAUCACAGCCACGCCUUCAAUCUUAACGAGCGGUGUGACUCUCGACUGGGAACUACGAUUCGAGUUUGUGACAUCCAAUUUUCGAGGCGAGCAAGGUGCCCCACCCUCAGGCACUCGUUUACUCGAGGUCUUGUCAUCGGAUGAUCGCGGCACUGUGCUGUGUGCUAUGGAGCAUUUGAACUGUGAAUCAUUCGAGAUCGCUAUCCCGCUGACCGUUUAUGGAGAGACUGUCCGAGAACGACUGCCCGAGGAGAAUGUAGGCUAUCCAAUCUAG